AUGCCGUCUUAUCUAAAACUUGAGCAGACUCUACAUGACGACCCGCAGGCUAACCUUAAUAGAUCCAAAACUAAAUCCAGAUGGAUAUUGGAGUCAUAUCACGGACGUUUCAAGAUACCAACCGUCAUCUUCCAGGUUGAAAAUUUAACAGAAGAGCAGAUAAAUGAGUUUAAAGAAGCCUUUACAGUAUUUGAUGCUGGCGAGGGUGCCAUACCGGCGAAAGAAAGUGGAACAGUAAUGAGGUCACUAGGGAUGAAUCCAACACUCUCCCAGCUAACAGAAUGGAUUGAAGCUGCAGAUCGGGAUGGAACUGGGAUGGUCGAUUUCCCCAGCUUUCUAGUGAUGAUGAGUAAAAAACUUCAAGACCCGGAAGAGGAUGAGGAUGAACUGAAAGAAGAUUUCCGAAUUUUUGACAAGGACGGAUCUGGUUUCAUCAAUGCUGUAGAUUUUCGCCACGUGAUGACAACCACAGGGGACAAACUCACAGACGAAGAGGUAGACGAGAUGAUCAGAGAGGCUGAUCUUGAUGGAAGCGGCCUUAUUAACUAUGAUGACUUCAAAGAAGCAUUUUCAUUAUUCGACAAAGAUGGACGUGGCUGUAUCGACGCCAGAGAACUUGGAACUGUAUUACGAUCUGUAGGUCAUAAUCCUACAGAGGCGGAGUUGUUAGAAUGUAUAAACGAAGUGGACCCAGAUGGUCGUGGCAUAGAUUUUACGAAUUUCAAGUCAAUAAUAAUGUCUCAAUCCCGGGAAAGUGAUACGAAUGAGGAGUUAGAUGAGGCCUUCCGGGUGUUCGAUAGGGAUGGUCAUGGCUACAUAACUGCUUCAGAGCUGAGACAUGUGAUGACAAAUCUAGGAGAGAAAUUGACGGACGAAGAGAUGGAUGAGAUGCUACAUGAAGCUGAUAUUGAUGGUGAUGGUCAGAUACAUUACGAAGAUUAUCAAGAGACAUUCUCUCUCUUUGACAAGAAUGGCAAUGGUUUUAUCGACUCGAAAGAGCUGGGGAUAGUGAUGAGAGCAAUAGGCCAAAACCCGACGGAGUCCGAAUUAACGGAUAUGAUCAACGAUGCAGACAUCGAUGGAAACGGAGCAUUAGACUUUGAAGAAUUCCUGUUAUUGACUGCGAAUCACAAAAACUUAACAGCGGAGGAUCAAUCUCAGGAGCUAAGAGAAGCCUUUCGGAUAUUUGAUAUGGAUGGCGACGGGCUGCUAACAGCUGAGGAACUGCGACUCAAGGCGGAUCAAAUGACGGAAGACCAUAUUGCAGAAUUCCGGGAGGCAUUCAGCUUAUUUGAUAAAGAUGGUGACGGGUUCGUGUCUUCAAAGGAGUUGGGUACAGUAAUGCGUUCUCUUGGGCAGAACCCCACGGAGGCUGAACUACAGGAUAUGAUCAAUGAAGUAGACACUGAUGGAAACGGUACAAUAGACUUUCCAGAAUUUUUAACUAUGAUGUCGAGGAAGAUAUUUGAUGACGAGAGUGAUGAAGAAUUGAAGGAAGCUUUCAGGACGUUUGAUUCCGAUGACAAUGGCUUUAUCAGUGCGGCUGAGCUAUGUCACGUCAUGACCAACCUCGGGGAGAAGCUUACGGACGAGGAAGUUGAGGAGAUGGUACGGGAGGCUGAUAUUGAUGGUGAUGGUCAAGUUAACUAUGAAGAAUUUGUUAAGAUGAUGCACACUUAAGGAGACGUACAUGUAUGAAGUGUAGUGAGAACGUGUGUCCCAGGUGAGAAAUAUGAACAUGAUCAUUUCAUCAAUGUGAGACAACUCGACCAAGAUAUACUGUCUAAUACUUACAAGUGGAAUAGUACAGUGGAAUGACAUUAAGUGACUGGAUGGUGAUAGACGAUUAGACUUGGAUGCUUCAGUGUGAUUUCGGUCCCCAGAUUAAUCAGUGGCUUCACAUCCACUUUAUCAUACAAGGAGACCGGGGUAACUUGGUCGUAAUGUUUUACGAUGGACAAUACGCUUAUUUUGAGGACGUGGUUCACAAAGAGACAAUAUAAAAGACUUUUUUCUAACAAUGUACAAUAUACACACUGUCUUAUUGAUGUGAUUCAUAAUUGAUAACAUAUCCUCUAUCAUGCGAAUGUUAUAAGUAGAAUAAUAAAAU